ACCGCACGCUUCCUUCCUCCUCUCUUGUGGCAGGAAUUGGUCUGGUGACUCCGCUCUGCGACUGCAGCGACCGCGUCAAACUUACAAGUUGAAGUUACAGACGCGCAAGAGGAGGAAAGGAGAAACCAGGGAGGAAAGCAGGUUCUUGCUGGGGAAUGCUUGUGGAUAGGGUUGUCAGGGAUCUCUUCGUGCUCAAGAGCUUUGGUCCUUGCUUUUGACAAGGGGUGCUUUCGGUUCUGCGCGGACGCUCGUGCAAAUGGGUCGGGGUAGUCUGUAGCUUAGGGAUUAAUUGGCUGUUAGCCCUAAGAUUUAGGCCAUAGUGUCUGCAUUUCGACGUGUUCAAAAAUGGUUCCAAGGUAGUCUCUAGACAGAUCCCCCCUGGUCUUUCAGCCUCUCAAAAUGCCGAAGCAGUGUGAUGCAUGUCAGUCCCAAAAGGCAACUGUUUACUGCCGAGCCGAUGUUGCUUUCCUUUGCAAUGGUUGUGACAGAGUGAUCCAUGAAGCGAACCCCCUGGCAAGAAGACACGAGCGGGUCUUUGUGUGCGAAGUCUGCGAGACACUCCCCGCAGUUGUAAACUGCAAGGCCGACUCUGCAUUCAUUUGCAACAACUGCGAUAACAGCAUUCAUGGAGCAAACGGCCUCGCAAGGCGACACGAGCGCGUGCCGGUGACCCCCUUCUACGAGUGCCAAGAUGCAGUCAAAGUUGCUCACAUUCACUACCCCCCGUCUUUAGUUCCUGAGGGGCUGGCUUUGGAGGUCCCCCAGUUUUGUAGAGAGGAUGACGACUCAGCACUAGAGGCUGCUUCCUGGCUGCUCAACAAGCCGGAUGAGGGGGGAAGUCGGGGUGAGGAGGGGGUGGAUAAGCCCGACUUUUGCCCUCCGUCCCAGGAUGGACAGGUUCCGAGCAACCUCUGUCGGCAGCCUUGUGUUAAGCAGACAAAGCCAUUCGAGCUGCCAAUGUUGAUGCAAGUGAAUGGGGGGGCGCGGGUGAAGCAGGAGACAGGCAUGUUUAACCCCAUGGCUGAGAAGCACAGAGGAGUAAAGGCUGGGCCGAGGUUUGGUGUCAACCCGGGGUUGAUGCCAAGGGCGGAGGCGCUUGUGCCUUCUUUGGGGGGCUCAGGGGAGGUUCUGGAGCAGAGAGUCCCUGUGGUCCAAAAGGGAAAGAGCAGUUUUGCAGUGCCACAGCUCGCUCACAGCGUGUCGUCCUCCAGUUUCGACGUGGCGCUUGUGCCGGACAGCAGCCUCAGCGAGGUGUCGAUGCCAAGCCCCGAUGCGGACGUGCAAAAGGGCGAUACUGCGAAAGGGUUUGAGAUGCCACAGAGGCUGUUGCACGUGGGGGGAGCGCCUCCGAUGGACAGAGAAGCCCGGGUGAACCGCUACAAGGAGAAGCGCAAGAAUAGAACUUAUGAGAAAACGAUCCGGUAUGCCAGCCGGAAGGCGUAUGCCGAGAGCCGCCCCCGCGUCAAGGGCCGGUUUGCCAAGCGGGAAUCAAACGUCUCCAUCACCCAAGGCAUCCCAGUCUCUCAUAUACCGGUCUCGCAACCCUUCCCUUCCUACGAUUACAGCAUGUACGGUAUGGUCCCCGACGGACUGCCCUACGGCAUGAUGCCCGUUUCCUACUAUUAAAUGCGUGUUCUGAGGUAGGAUCUGUCGGGGAAAGAAGCCCAGACUAGUUCCAAUAUUGGAGCGGUGGCAGAUGAGAGUAGGGAAAGUACGGCGUCAAUGGGCUAGUGCCACGUGUUGUUGCGAAACGCAAUUGUAACUUACGAGUGUGAGGUCUUUGUCUUAGGUCCUAGACAUUCUUUCAAUACGGCAAAGACUUGCUGAUGCGGCCAAUGGCGUGAGUGCUUGUGGGUAAAUUAGAGGUUGUUCCGACGUCAAGGGCAAGGCUUCUCAGCUAGCUUGGCUGUACGCCACUCUUUGUUCCUAGCAAGCUCUCCCGUUGUACAUUUUUAGCUAGGACUGGGGUCAGUAACAGGUUGGGACGUCCAAUAACACGUGAUUCUCUAGUUGGUGCGUUCACCGCCUGUAGGAAGUCGUUGGAUUCGUAGCUCGUGUUGGCACACAGCUGGCACACGUCCGCCACAGCUUGUGCAGAACUUUGGGGCCCAGUUCAAACGAUGAUCCGAUCCAAAUUCGCCAAUAUCCUCAGAUUCUUAAUCCACAUUCACGUGA